UGACACCGGAUCCAUGGGGGAAUAUAUGCAGGGAGAAAGAAAACCUAGACCCAACUCAAUACGGUAUGUAUAUAACUAUAUAUUGUGUAUGCUUUAACACAUAACAAGGCACUUCGCACACACAACCCCUCAAUACUUCGCAGAAUGCAUGUGAUCAUAUACACGAAAAGUGCCCCAAAGAUCUUGUUUAGUAUUCGAAACUUGAUGUUUCAUAGAAUUAUAGAGAGGGAAGGAAACCCACUCGGGGUCCAACUCCAACGGCUAGUUUCUUAUUCUUUUAUGAGAAGCAACCGACCACUAUACCCACUUUUUACAGCUAGGCUCCCAACCACCAAUAAGAUUCGCUUCUCCUCAUUCCUUUUCUGCAUCCUUAUAAAUCCUUCCCUUACUCUUUGACUCGAUCAACCCCAUGAAAGCCUCAACCUUUCCAUAACGAAAAGGAGAGCGCAACUGAUCCCAAUCUCUCUUUUCACUUCAGAUUUCCAUAAAAAUGUCCAGAAAACACCUACCCGUUUUUUCGAAGCUCCUUAGAGUCUUCAUCUUCAUUGCCAAAGCGAGGAAGCUCUCGUUCGAGAAGUACUACUCGUCACUCAUCAGGAAGUCGCAGAAAAACCGAAAGAAGCUGAGGUUUAUGGAGCAUUACAACUACGGCUUCCUCGGCGAAUACGAGUUCUCGCCUUCUAACACUCCCCUCAUUCGCUACCCGAGAAAGCAGUUCGCGAAGAACAGAGGCUCCCGAGAAUUGGAGUCUCUGUUCUUUCUCUGUAGAUGCUGGGGUAGCCUCCGAGUUCUGGAAGGCGAGGACAACGGAGAUUUCGCCGUGGAAGCUCUUCCGGCCAGUUCUACUGGCACUGAAGAUGCAAAUGCGUUGGCUCUUUUGGCGCCUACGUUGGAUUGGGGAAGUGAAGAAGCUUCGAUUGAUCUGCGGGCUCAGAGGUUUAUCGAGAGGUUCUAUGAGGACAUGAGAAUGCAGAGGCAGGAGUCUAUUUGAACUCGUUAGAUUUUUUUUAGCCCAGAUAUGGCAUGUUGUUGCAAAUUUGUAUUUGUUAUUCUUUUUUUUUUGCUCUCCACAAGAUUUUUUGACAUUGUACGUGGAGAUUGAUUGGUUUGCAAAUUUUUUAAUUUUUUUGGGAUAAUACAAUUUUUCAUUGGUUGUGUGAA